GCGGGGCUGUAGGAGCACCAUGCGGCGGGGCGCGCUCCUGGCUAGCGCCCUGGCCGCCUACGCCGGGUACCUGGCGCUGGGCGCGCUGCUUGUGGCGCGGCUGGAGCGGCCGCACGAAGCCCGGCUGCGGGCUGAGCUGGGGACGCUGCGGGAGCAGCUGCUGCGGCACAGCCCGUGCGUGGCGGCUCACGCCCUGGACGCCUUCGUGGAGCGGGUGCUGGCGGCCGGACGGCUGGGGCGCGCAGCGCUGGGCAACGCCUCCGGACCCGCCAACGCUUCGGAUCCCGCGUGGGACUUCGCCUCGGCGCUCUUCUUCGCCAGCACGCUAGUCACCACCGUGGGCUAUGGCUACACGACCCCACUGACAGAUGCAGGCAAAGCCUUCUCCAUCGUCUUUGCACUCCUGGGAGUGCCUGUCACCAUGCUACUUCUGACUGCCUCAGCCCAGCGCCUGUCACUGCUGCUCACCCAUGCACCCUUGUCCUGGCUGACUCUGCGCUGGGGCUGGCACCCGCAGCGGGCAGCCCGCUGGCACCUGGUAGCCCUGCUGAUGGUCAUAGUGGCUAUAUUCUUCCUGGUACCAGCUGCGGUCUUCGCCUACCUUGAGGAGUCCUGGAGCUUCCUGGAUGCUUUCUAUUUCUGCUUCAUCUCUCUGUCCACCAUUGGCCUGGGGGACUAUGUGCCUGGGGAAACCCCGGGCCAGCAGUACCGGGCCCUCUACAAGGUGCUUGUCACAGCUUACCUCUUCCUCGGCCUUGUUGCCAUGGUGCUGGUGUUGCAGACUUUCCGCCGUGUUUCCGACCUCCAUGGCCUCACUGAACUCAUCUUGCUGCCCGAUCCGGACCCUGCCAGCCUCAGCCCGGAUGAGGAUGAUCAGGUGGACAUUCUGGAUGCCCGGACAGAUCUGCAUCAGUACCUCUCUGCUGCCUCCCACGCUAACUACGCCUCCAUCCCCAGGUAGCUGUGGACCUGGACACACCUGGCCUGGGCUUUGGGCCCCAGGUGACUAGAUCGACUGGAAUGCCCACGCACACGCUGUCUUUUCACAGAGCUCCAGUGGGAGGUGAGAGGGGCAGCCACUCCGCUCCUCAGGACACUGACACGGACAUUUUCUCCUCCUUCCUUUUCUUCCAUUUCUUCUCAGACUGUGACCACUUGGGCUUUCUGACUUUAUUGGUGAGAGUGUUGGUUUAUACCCAUUUUUGUUCCGUUUUGUUCUUGUUAUUCUGUGUCUCACUCUUUUGCGUGGUUCAUCUGGCACACCCAGUUCUGGGCUCUAGCCCUGGACUCCACUUCAGUCACUGUAUUAGUGGUUUUGUCUUGGUCAAAUGAUUUCCCCAUUCUGAACCUUGAUACCCUCAACCAUCAGAUGCAAAGGAUAUUCAAACUCAUCCACUCAUCACUUCUGUCCUGCUAUUCUGUGCAAGGCACACAGUAAUAUUAAAUGUGGCUCGGGCUCUGCUCUUAUUAGGGUGACCAGCCAGUGAGGUAAACUGACUGACUUGUCCCUUGACAGUGACAAGUGCCAGUGGGCACUGGAAGAGGCAGCAUAGUCAGGACUGAGGAGUGGACCUGAAAUGUCCAAGUGGGUUUUCCCAGAAAAAAGGGAUAAGAACUAGCCCAAGGCCUGUCAGUCAAGAGAAGAAAUUGUCCCUUCUUCUCAUGUGUCUAUGGGCCAUAGUACCUAUGAGAAGAGGCCUGCAAUGGGCCAGCAUCUCCCUCAGUGAUUUAACAGGCAAACAACUGACCUAGGAUAUGAACCCAGACCCAAGUGGCAUCAGAGGAGCAACUUGGCGUAGUUCCAUGGUGAUGCUGUGUCUGUUUACUGGGGCACUGACUGACGGCCUUGAGCUCUGGAACCACUCUUCCUGGGUGCACCCUGUAGCUGGGCCGUGUUUUGCAUUUGGACAGUCACUCUACCUUUGGGACUCUGUGUCUGCUAAAUGGUGACCAUAAUAAUACUACUCCAAACGAUGACAUCAACCAGGUGCAGUAGUGUGUGCCUGGAAUCUGAGCUGAGGCAAGAGGCUUAAGAGUUCAAAGGCAGGAUGGGAUACACAGCAGGAGCUAGGUAA